AUGGCCGAAUCUAAGUUAAUUAUUGACCUUAACCUCAAGAACCCAGAGCUCUUUCGAGACAAAGCAUAUGUCAAUGGACAAUGGAUCGAAGCAAAAUCUGGGAAGAGAUUCGAUGUCAUCGACCCAGGAUCUGACCAGAAAUUCGCCUCAUGUCCGGACAUGGCCGCCGAGGAUGCCGAUGAUGCGGUGCAAGCAGCCGAGGCGGCAUUCCAAGUCUACCGCAAAUUUACACCUCGAGCUCGCGCUGACUUGCUGGCUAAAUUCGACGCCUUGAUCAGGGAGCAUAAAGAUGACCUCGCCACUAUUUUGGUAUACGAGACGGGUAAACCACUAGUCGAAGCUUACGGCGAGAUCGAGUACGCGGCUUCGUUUACGCGUUGGUUCACCGGCGAGGCGGAGCGAAUUCAGGGGACUACAUUUCCCGCCGCCAUUCCCGGUAGACGUAUCUUCACCAUCAAGCAACCGCUUGGCGUUACUGCCGCGCUGGUUCCUUGGAAUUUCCCAAUUGCAAUGGUCUUGAGGAAAGCGAGCGCUGCUUUAGCAGCAGGAUGCACGAUGGUCGCGAAGCCGUCACCCGAGACGCCUCUAUCGGCAUUAACGCUAGCAUACUUGGCUGAGAAGGCUGGAUACCCCAAAGGCGUAUUUAACGUUAUGCCUACUACAUUAGCCAAUACUCCAGCUCUCAGCGAGGCUCUUUGCAAGCAUCCACUCGUGAAGAAAGUAUCCUUCACUGGCUCUACCAGGGUGGGAAAGAUCCUAUCUGCCCAUUGCGCAGAUAGCCUCAAGAAACUCACUCUCGAGCUAGGCGGUAACUGCCCGUUCCUUGUAUUCGACGAUGCGAAUCUAGAACAAGCUUGCGACGCAUUAAUACCACUUAAAUUCCGACAUGCCGGACAAGCUUGUAUAACCGCGAACCGGGUGUACGUCCAAAAGGGCAUAUACGACAAAUUUGCCAAUCUCCUCGCGGAGAAAACACGACAAAUCCGAGUCGGCCACGGCAUCGACAAGACCACCACGAUGGGCCCUCUAACAGUCCCCACGGGCGUCGACAAGGUAGCCGGACAGGUUGAAGACGCGAAGAAGAACGGCGGCACUAUACUUACGGGUGGAAACCGCAUAAUUUCGAACGGCGGGUACUUCUUCGAACCUACCAUCAUCACGAAUGCAUCGCAGUCCAUGCAGGUUGCUUCGGAGGAGACAUUUGGUCCGCUUCUGGCGCUGUUCCCGUUCGACACGGAGGAGGAAGCUGUGAAGGCAGCUAAUGACACGAGCAUGGGUUUGGCUUCAUAUUGCUUCACCAAGAACAUCGAUCGGAUAUGGCGCCUGUUCGAGAAUCUCGAGGCGGGCAUGAUUGGGUUGAACAGCGGAAAUUCGUCAGCAGCGGAGGCGCCGUUCGGCGGGAUCAAAGACUCGGGGUUCGGCAAGGAGUCUGGAAAGGACGUUGCUAUAAACGAGUAUCUCAUCACGAAGACAGGAACAUUGACGCUCGAAGGACAGUACUAA